AUGGCUUCGCUGCCCGCGAGACCGCAGUACAUAUGUCAGAGCUGCAUAAAAUACAUCGUACAAUGUACCAGGUUUCCCAAGCUUCGUGCUGUUCACGCGCAACGGCGGUACAAUUCCACCGACUCACCCGAUGAACCCUCGUUUCGCAUCGCCAAACAUUACAAGAAGCUCAGCAAGAGUGAAGAAGCAAUUGGUGAAGAACAUGGUCUAUCAAAAGCAUCGGUGCGACCAACAUGGGAGUCCGGCCUCAAAGUCAACCUUGAUGACGGCCAAUAUGUCGCGCGAUCAGGAAAACGAAUACCUUAUUCUACACCCAGGAACCACUUCCCUUUACACAACGUCCCGCUGCCUGACCCGCCGCCCGUACAUGUGCCGGUAGAGGCACGCCGAACAAUGACACGAGGCAAGCGACCGCAGGUCACCGUGAGUACGAAGACACCAUCCUUUAUCCACGGAAGACAAGCGUCCAGGAAGGUGGAGGAAGCAGAAUUCGAAUUUCUCAAGCCAUCGGAACCUUCAGAAGCGCCGCCACCGGUAAAGAUAUGGUCGCCUGAGAAACCUAUGAGCCAUGCCUCCUUACAUUUUGGUGCACUGCAAGACUGGAACUGGUACUGGGAGACCAUGCCGCCUACAAUGACGCAGAGGACACAGGCACAGCAUUUCUUCACAAAGAAUGCGUCGCCGAAAUUCCUGCAGUCAGUAGCAUUCUUCCGCGCAUUUCCUGACAGCAACGUCCCUGAGAUAGCAUUCGUGGGCAGGAGUAACGUUGGUAAGAGCAGCUUACUGAACGCAAUCGUCAAUGCAGACACCAAAGCGCUUCUUGCGCGCACAUCGUCCACGCCAGGUUUUACCAAGACAAUGAAUCUCUACGGCCUAGGGCCACAGGGCGGCGUACAUUUCAAGAAGCAACCAAGCGGGCACGGGAAGAUCGUUGGCACGGGCGGCAUUACCAUCGUGGACAUGCCCGGCUACGGAGAAGGCUCGCUAUCUGAAUGGGGUCAAGAGAUUAUGAAGUAUCUCCAGGGCCGCAAGCAGCUUCGCCGGGUCUUCGUCUUGAUCGAUGCCCAGCAUGGGGUCAAGGAUAAGGAUCGCUCACUUCUUGCUUCGUUGCGGCUAGGCGGCAUCUCGCAUCAAGUCAUUCUCUCCAAGGUUGACAAGAUCUACCUACCUCAAGCGAAGACAAUUAAGCGCUUUGACGGCAAGCGCCUGGACAAGCUAAAGCCAAAAGGCACAAUGGAAGGACUGCGCAAGACGAUGGAGAAGCUCCGCGAAGAGAUCCAGCCACCCAAUGGCGCUGGCGCGAUUGGCGAGAUUCUGGCUUGCAGUUCUGAAGUGCUCGUCGACGAGCGCAGACUCGGCAUCGAUGCUGUGCGCUUCGCCAUGUUACAGGCGAUGGGGUUCCAGUUCCGGACCGACCAGAGUGCUGUCGAGCGAGCAAAGAAAGAAGGCCCGACCAUCAGGACGAUAAAGACCCAUAAGGUUAUGGAUCAAGCCGUCGAGAGACCGGUUACUAGAACAGUCGCGCCAGCCCAACUUGCAUCAACGAAAAUAAGUGCUAGGGAGCAGAGGGCCGCGAGAAGAGCGGGGCGGAAGCCUUCUGCGGGUUCGCAAACGGAGUUGCUGGAGAGGUUAAGUGGUAGUGUGGGAUAG